AUGCGUCGCGACACAUCGCUUCCCGCGACCGGCUCCGGCCACCAGCGCCGAGCCCGGCUUCCGCUUCUCUACAUAUUGUUUGCUCUCGUGCACCGUGCACAUUCCUCACCGAAUAACUUGCCACCCGGUCCGACCGAUCAGCUUUACGUCGUCUGUAAAAAUCUGCAGUCCAAUACAUGCGUAACAUGGUUAUUGGACGUGGAAAGCGAUAGACAAUUAACUAAUGAGUUAAAGCCACUAAGUCGACCAUCUCAAGUCUGCGGUUUGAGUGAUUUGAAACCAAUUGCCCCACACCGAAAAGUUAUAUCACUUACACCGUUUGGGAUUAGUGAAAUCUCAAAGGUAUACUGCAAAAACGUGAACGUGUUAACGGAUGACCCUACUCGUCUAGCCCGAUACACUGGAUCUUUCUCAAGUUUGUACCGAGAAAGGAGACAAACAGGAUACAACUAUAGAGGUCGAUACAGGGGCCAGACACAGUCACAAUAUUUAGCAAUAGACGGAGGAAACGGGAAAGAUGAAGGCAAAGCUGAGGCACACUCCGCAGCCGAUUCUUCUAGGGCCAGCGUCAGUGGGAAUAGUGGGAUGGGCCAAGCACAAAGUCAAACGAUAUAUGACCCAAGCUGUGAUGAGUGUUAUGGUGGUCGUAGCGAUAUGGAAGCUUCAAAUUUACGACGUCCAGAGCAAAGCCACGACGGUAAUGGAAUUCUAGGGGGAAGAAAUGGAGGCCCACGAAUACCCAGUCAGGGAGGGGUGGCUCUACAAGAAACAUUUGGCCAAAACGGCAUUAAUGCCCCAAAAGUACCAGGAUACGGAGAAAAUCAUGGAAUACCACAAAAUGGCGGGUUUGAUGGUAACAGAAUACCAGGGCAAAGUGGUAUUGGUAGCCAGGGCAUACCAGGACAAGGCGUAAUUAACGGCCAAGGUAUACCAGGGCAAGGUGGACUUAACGGUCAAGGUUCACCAGGGCAAGGGGGAAUUUACGGCCAAGGUUUACCAGGGCCAGGGGGAAUUGACGGUCAAGGUUUACCUGGGCAAGGGAGAAUCCACGGCCAAGGUUUACCAGGGCAAGGUGGACUUAACGGUCAAGGUAUACCAGGGCAUGGGAGAAUUCACGGCCAAGGUUUACCAGGGCAAGGGGGAAUUUACGGUCAAGGUUUACCAGGGCAAGGGGAAAUUAACGGCCAAGGUUUACCAGGGCGAGGAGGAAUUAACGGCCAAGGUUUACCAGGGCAAGGGGGAAUUAACGGCCAAGGUUUACCACGGCAAGGGGGAAUUAACAGUCAAGGUUUACCAGGGCAAGGGGGAAUUAACAAUCAAGGUUUACCACGGCAAGGGGGGAUUAACGGGCAAGGUUUACCAGUGCAAGGGGGAAUAAACGGUCAAGGUUUACCAGGGCAAGAGAGAAUUAACGGCCAAGGUUUACCAGUGCAAGGGGGAAUAAACGGUCAAGGUUUACCAGGGCAAGGGGGAAUUAACGGUCAAGGUUUACCAGGGCAAGGCGGAAUUAACGGUCAAGGUUUACCAGGGCAAGGCGGAAUAAACGGACAAGGGAUACCCGGGCAAGGCGGAAUAAUCCUCCGACCAGGUCAAGGCGGAAUUGUUGGGCAAGGAAUACCAGGACAUGGCGGAAUGGGUGGACACGAUAUACCAGGACAAGGCGGGAUUGGUGGGCAAGGCACACCGGGACAGGGCCCGAUUGUUGGGCAAGUUAUACCAGGGCAAGGAGGGAUUGGUAGCCAGGGCAUACCAAACCAAGGCGGAAUUGGGGGUAUAGGAAUUCCUGGACAGGAUAGUACUGGAGGUCGUGGAAUACCUAAUCAAGGGGUUAAUGGGGGCCAGAGAAUACCGGGACAAGGUGGCAUGGGGAGCCAGGGCAUUCCAGUCCAUGGAGGAAUCGGUAGUCAAAGUAUACCAAACCAAGGCGCAAUUGGAAGCCAAGGAAUACCUGCUCAAGGCAAUGGGGGCCAGAGAAUACCGGGACACGGCGGAAUUGGUAGUCAAAGUAUACCAAACCAAGGAGUAAUUGGCGGUAAUGGCAUUCCAAAUCAAGUUGGAGUCGGGAGUAUGGUGAUACCAAGUCAAACUGGACAUGGUCAGGUUCCAGUAGGUCAGAAUGGAAUUGCAGGUUUACCUCCGUACGACACUUCGCUGGUUCCAAGUGGAAAUGGGCCCAUAAGAGGGGCGGAUGGACUACUUUAUUAUUGUUGUGUUGUAAACCCAAAUCAAGGGUCCUUCGGAUCAAAUUUGGGUGACAACAAACAGACUCUUGACGGUAGUUACGGCCAGACAGGUGGCAUUCCGCAGCUAGCUGGAGGCACUGGUCAGCCACCUAGGUAUGGUACUGGAAGUGGUAGUCAUCCUGGUUAUAAUUAUGGUAGUGGUGUUACUACGCCACCAAGUUCUGGUGGAACGUAUUUGCAGGGAGUAAAUCCACAAAGCCCAGGCCAACAAGGUCCUCUUUACAAUUACGGUACUGGCGGUACUCCCCAUCCAAAUUGGUAUGGGCAGGAAAGAGGGCGGCCGUCUUCUGGCGGUACUGAACAUCCGUACAAUUAUGGUUCUGGGGGAAACAACCACCCAAAUUCAAACGCGCAAUCAGGUGGUCCUUAUGAUCAACAAAGUAAUUACAAUUACGGACCUGGAGGAAACAGCCAAUCGAACGCUGAUGGAAUAUAUGGACAAUCUGGCCCGCAAUCUCCUAGCAGUACUGGACAACAAACUAGCCAUACAUAUGGCCAAGGAAGUCAACAUGUUCCUAAUUAUACUUAUGGCACUGGUGGAAGAGAUCAGCAACAAACACCUCGUGAAUAUGGACAAACAGAUACUUCACAAACUCCAUAUCAAUCUGGUGGAGUUGGUCCAGAUGGAACAUACGGGCAGCCCAAUGGUGGACAACAAACAAUAAACAGAGGCGGUAGUAAUGGCCCACCACAUACAGACUAUAAUUACGAACCACCACGUAGCCCAAAUCAAAUGGGAAUCUAUGGGCAAACAGGCGGUGAUUCUCAACCUUACACAGGGUCAGGGUCGCAACUGCCAAAUGGUCAAACUCCUAAUUACACUCUGGGUGGUACAGGGCAGCCUAGUCCGGGUGAUAUUUAUAGUCAAGGGAAUGGCCCACAAGGUGCAGCAGCACAAGGACAAAAACAUGCUUAUGGACAGAAUGGAUAUGGUCAACAUGGUCCAGAUUACUCUUAUGGUAUGGUUGAUUCUGGUAAACAAAGUCCCGGAGGAACAUAUGGGUCCGAAGGACCUCAAACAUAUGGUCAUGGUAUGAACGGCCAAAAAGGUCCAGUUUCUACGUAUGGCUCCAGUGGACCUAGUAAUACUUAUGGACAAACUGAAGAUGGGCUUCAUCCUCCUCUUAAUACCGCUUCACAAAAUUCUUAUCAAAGUGGCGGUGGAAAUAAUCAGCAGGGUCCUGGGUAUACGUUGGAUCAAAGUGGAACUGGGCAAGGCCAACAAAUCAAUGGAUAUAUAAGUCCGCCGGGUACUGAACAAAGACCAGGUUAUAUAGGUGAACCACAAAAUGUCAUGGAUCCAAAUUCUAUAAUAGAAGAGAACGACGAUUCCCAAGCUUUAGCAUCAGUUUAUCAAGGUUCCAAUGGAACUACGGCGUCAGCUUCAUCUCAAGGUGGAAACGAAAAAGGUCAUGCACAAACGAAUGUUCAAGGUACAUAUACAGAUAGUGGGUCAUUUAACGCACAAGCAUCAAUUAGUGAUGACAAUAAAGGUGCAGAGAGUCAAGUCUCGGGAAGUAAAAAAGGAGCUUCCAGUAAUGCUGAAGGUAGGGGAAGAAAAAAUAAGUCCCAAGCAGCUGUAAAAUUGGGAUCAGAAACUGGCUCUAUUCAGACUGAAUCACAAAGUGGUGGAAUUAUGCAUUCAUCUAACACACAAGUGCAAGGAAGUGUCAAAGGUGGUGUAGCCGACGCUCAGGCUCGUGGACCAGGAAGUACUUCAUCUCAAGCUCAGAUCGGAUUUACUCCUUAUAAGGAGGGAGAUAAAGCGCACGAAAUAAUGAAAGCUCCAUUCGAAGGAGGAGGCACGGCGUCAGCGCAGUCUAGUGGUCGUAUGGGUACAUCUCAGUCACAACUACGUGGAACGUUCAAGUAUGGAAUAACAUAUAACGGCGCGGCACAAGCUGGUUCAAGUCUCGAUAAAGACGCGGUUUUUUCAAAUUUUACCACAUUUGACAAGAUUGAUGUAUUUGAUCAAAAUAAUACAAAUAUCAACAUCAAUUUAGAGAAUGAAGACUCACCUAGUACAGAUUUCCCACUUGAAACAUCUACAGUAAUUGAAGAAUUAGAUAAAAAUGAGGAAAAUUCGGUUCAAGAUACAAAUGUAAAUUACAAUGAUCACACUCACUAUGAUCAUCAUAGGCCUACUGAAGAAAUUAAUAUGACCAAUGUACUCCCGUUACCCAGUAACAGACGCGCAUUCUCACCAUCCUAUAGUAAUAAUAAUAAUGGUGGCGAUUACGAUUACAAUGUAGAUGACACUCCAACAGACGAAUAUGAUGUAGAAGAAGUUGCCGAAGGAGCAGACAACAUUCAAAACGAAUAUACAAAUUACGAUAAUUACGGUAGAGAGACUGAAAGUACACACCAGUCACAGAGACAGCUUAGUUCAUCAAGAAAAGGUUUAGAAGUUAGGCAAACUACUGGUGGUAGCACACAACAUAUUUUAAUCGGAUCAUUGAAAAAUCAAGAUGCCAAAAUUACUCAAAUAAAAUCUGAACGCCCUGACGAAAGUAGAGUUUACCAGCCUGGUGAACGCGUGCCCGGUAUGGGCGGUUAUAUUAUACCACUGGGUUUUACAGGAAGUGUUAAGUCAGUGUCUUCUAAAGAAAAGACUUACGUAGUUGGAACAAAACACUCCCCAUCGCAAGCACAGACCGUGACAUUAACACCAGGAACGGGAAAAGUGAAAUAUGCUUAUCCGGAACGCUACGGAAGAAAUAAUAUCCACCCAAAGGACUUGAGGUCUCUUUACAACCCACGGGCGGAUGAUAAUCGCUAUGUUUCCGUUUCUAAAUCAGUAGCACGUGAUCUAGACAGCGAAAACAAUAUUAGGAAACAGUACUCUCAUACUUAUUAUACUAAAUCUUCUUCCUGUGGAUAUUUUACUUUUACAUGCACCAUGGUAAGUAGCGCAGAAGGAAAGAAAAAAAUAUGUAGACCAAAGAUUCCAACUAACCCAGAUGGAACACCAAUGAGGUGCUAAUAGUUAUUUUAAUUAAUUUAACCUAGUUUAGUAUUGAUAUAAUUUUAAAGAAAAGAAUGGAAUAAAAAGGAAACGUUAAGAGCGCUGACUCAGUUUUAUGUUAAACCAA